CGGGUCGGCCAGUCGGUCUUCAGUCUUAAACGAAUCUCUGGCCGAGCACUGUGAGAGCGCGUACCGCAAUGGAAUUUUAUAGAAUUCUGGCAAAGUGCGGUGACGCGGGUCGGUAUCAGUAUUUGAUGCUGUUGCUGCUGGGCUAUGUAGCCUUUACCAGCACAGUACACUACUACUCCCAGAACAUAAUCGGGUUUGUGCCGCCGCAUUGGUGCUAUCACGAGCAGCUGGUGAAUCGCAGUCACGACCAGAUUGCCGCCAUAUAUGCGCCCUUUGGCAAGGAUGCGUCCUGCACGCGCCUGGAGCAGAUUGAGGUCCAUGAGGGCGUCUUCAAUCUGACCGUUAGCAGCAAGAGCUGCGAGCGCUGGAUAUACAAAUAUGAUUACGGAUUUCGCAGCAUGAAUGUCGAGCUGAACUGGGUCUGCGAGAAUGCGUAUAAGGCGCGCAUAGGCCAGUCCCUGUUCUUUUUGGGCUCGCUCCUGGGCACCUUUGCCUUUGGCAUGCUGGGUGAUCGGAUUGGACGCGUGCGCGCCGUUAUAUUGGCCAAUCAAUGCGGCUUUGUAGGCGACUUUCUAACCACAUAUGCCACGAAUCUGUCGCAGUUCAGCGCCUUCCGCUGCAUCUCUGGCCUGGCUGCAACCGCCAACUAUUAUCUGAUGUUUAUUCUGGUGCUGGAGCAUCUGGCGCCAAAGCUGAGAAACUUGGCCAUCAGCGUCAUGCUGGGAUUGUGCUGCUGCCUGGGCGCUCUGGUGGCGCCCUGGCUGUCCGUCUUAGCCGGCAAUUGGCGCAUCUAUUUGACAUUCUCCGCAAUGCUGCAGCUCGUCGUGGCGCUCUUUUAUUUUGUGGUGCAGGAGAGCGCCCAGUGGCUGAUCACGCGCAACAAUGUGGAGGGCGCCAUUGCCAGACUGAAGCACAUUGCGCACUUCAAUGGCCGCCAAGUGCCCGCAGCCGACUUUGAGGCCUUCCGGCAGCAUUGCGCCGCCAAGCGCAAGCAGGAUAAUCAGCAGCAGAAGGCCAGGCUCUUUGAUCUACUGCGCACUCCGCGGCUACGCAGAACAGCGCUCGUUGUGAUCUGCACCUUCAUGCUGAUAUCCCUGAGUUUCAAUACCAUCUCACGCAAUGUGGAGGGGCUGGGUCUGUCGCCAUUUGUGGUCUUCUCGCUGUUUGCCGUGGUGGUGCCGCCCUCGGGCUUGCUGCAGGGUCUGCUGCAGAGUCGUCUCGGUCGUAAGGCCACCUGUCUUCUAGCCCUGCUAUGUACCAGCCUGUUGUCCUGCGCCUUGGGCGUGUGCCUGUCCUUUGAGGGCGCACAGCUGAAUGCCACCCUGCUGCUGGCCUUUGCGCUGCCCACCCGUCUGGGCAUAUCCAUGUGCUACACAACCUUCUCGCAGUACUCGUCCGAGUUGUUGCCUACUUGUGUGCGCUCCCGGGGCAUAGCUACAGCGCACUUGGCCGCUGCGGCGGCAUCGGUUACCUCGCCUUAUCUAAUACACUUGGGCACCAAAUUUGCCGCCGGCCCAUCGCUUAUUCUGACCGCGCUGCUGCUGACUGCGGCGACGUGCGCGCUGCUCCUGCCGGAAACGAACAACAGGCAACUGCCCAUCACACUGGAAGAUGGCGAGACCUUUGGCAAGGGGGAGUCCAUGCUCUCUUUCGAUUGCUGGCGGGCACGGGAUGAUGAUGUGCUCAAGCAACCCGCAGAGGAGCUCAAGCUAAAUGCGCUCAAUGGCGUGCGGCGAAAUGCAGAGGCGGAUACGGAUAUGGAAGCGGAAGCGUAAAGACGCCUGUAUCAAAAAUUAUUAGAGUAUUAGAUUAGAUCAAACACACAAUUUAGUUCCGAAAGUUGUCUGCAGAUGCGAAAUUUGCUUUUAUUUGAUUGAUUUCGGGUCACAGUAUUCAACAUAAUAUUAAUUAGGGUGUGUCUA